GAUGCCAACACCUCACGUGAGCUCGCAGAUGGUGGAGGCUGAGUGGACGGGGGAGACCUUCGCAAAUUCAGCGAAAACGGUCCGGAUCUUCCCAGCUGCAGAUGUGGAGGCAAUUCCUGUCUCCGGCGAAGGGCGGUCCACAAGAGAGCGCAUAGCCACGCCUUUCAUGAAGGACUUGCAGCCCAAAUCUGAGGACGACGAGCUGUUUGAAGACGCUCGCUCAGUGCAUUUUAGCACAGAGGCAAGCACCUUAUACCAAUCGCAGGUUUCCCGUGGCUCUGACACUCGACCCUCCUUUGGAGCCGUAGAGGAAAUUCAGAUGGAGAUUGCGCCGGAUCAUCGUCUUCGCACCAGCCGCGAGAGGAUGGACGUCAUUGAGGCAACCAGCCAGAGCAUGGUGUUGGCAAGUGGUGUCCCAUGGGAUGCCAAAAUGGAUUCUCCCACGGACAGCACCGAACGGCACGUUCGCAUCUCAUUGGCAGCUCAUGUGGAGGCAGUGCCGCUGACCGGUGGACGCCGACCGUCAAGGGAUCGAAUCCCCACCCCAUUCUUCAAGGAACAAUCGCCCGUUGAGGAAAGGGCAGUGCAGUUCAACGAUGGCGACGAGGUUUCCGGGCUUGAAAUCGAGACCGAAAUUCCUGCAGACAGCAUGAUGAGACGAAGCCGCUACAGGAUUGCAACGCCUCACGUGCGCUUAGACUUCAUGGAGGCAAAGAGCCGUUUACAACUGGAACCCGGGAGCGAAGAACCCAAGCAUGUCCGAAUCUCCAAUGCUGCGGACAUAGAGGCUAUUCCAAUCAGUGGAGAGCGUCGGCCUUCAAGGGAUCGGAUUCCCACACCUUUCGUGAAGGAGGACAUUGCGGUAUCUGGUGAUUGCCGCGGGGUCCAGUUCAACGACACGGCGACCACAGCCGAUCUACCCAGGGAAUCCCAUGCAGGGACACUGGUUCCGUGGACAGGCGCUAUUCUUUCCUUGUGCUUCCACUUGGCCAACUCCACUCCCAUCGAAAUGUUAGCUCGUGAAGAUGUCACAGUUGGUUCUCGAUCUGUGCAUGACAGACUUCCAACUCCCUAUGCGUCCGCUCGAGAAUUUAAAGAGGUCUCGUUGGGAUUCAUUGAGGUUGAACUUAGGAGUUUGAAGUCCAGGAUCCCACGAGCACUUUUCGAUCGAGCCGUGACAGGAUUGCUUCUGGCCGGGAUGGGCACCACCGCAAAGGAGUCCUUUACUGCCUUCCAGAAAUCCGUCCGUGUUCUGCCAACGGCAGACGUCGAGGUGGAAAUUGAAGCAGAAAGUUCCAAAGAACAGCUCCGGUCCAGCCGAGACAG